AUGAGCUCAUUCCUCACGAACGGCGGAUACCAGCCGCAGCCGGACCCCAAGUUCCCGCCCUCAGAGGAAUACAGCCAAGCAGACUACAUACCACCAGGGGAAUACUACCAGCACCAACAUUUACAAUACAGUUACCAACAUCAAUAUGCACCCGUUCAAAUCGGAACAGGUUAUGGCUACGGAGGGUACUACCACCCAUUACCUCAGCAUCCCCCUGUGGCUCCACCACCGAGACCACCAGAGCCUUCCCACCCCUCAGAUGCAGAUCAUGGCUAUCCCUCUCAUAACUCUGACAGUACCCCAGGAUUAGCAGAACUUGGUCUAAGGUUAGAGAGACAUAUUGAGGAAGCAGCUCCGGCAGGGAGAAAACUUCAUGCGUUGGGUCGUGAAGGUUCGCCUGUCUCAGAAAUAGAUGAUGAAAGGUUACUGCUGGACAGUCCACCUGUUGAAGACGAUGACUCUUCUAUAUGUUCCGAUAAUACUGACAGGGUCAUUUAUCCGUGGAUGAAGAAAAUACACGUAGCUGGUGCUUGUCAAAAAUAUGCAAAGACUUCAGAUCAAUCAACAACAAUCAACAGUCUCAGAUCAAUUAACUACAAAUCACAGAGCCUACACCUCUCUACUUAG